UCUCCUCGAUCCGAUUUGCAGAGAGAGAGAGAGAGAGAGAGAGAGAGAGAUGAGGGGAACUGGAGGACCUCUUCUGUGCAUAGGCGAUUUUCUGUGCGAUGUUGGAGAAGAAGAUGGCGGAGAAGGAAAAGGAUCUCAUGAAACCCCCAAAUCAGUAGCAUCAUCAUCUUCAUCCUUUGCUUCUGUAUCCUGUUUUCCAGACGUAUCUGAAUCCCCCGAUCUCGCCAAACUCUUUCAGGAAAAUUAUGACCAAUUGAACAGAGCAUUCGAUGAUAAGGAUCACUCCUGGACAGCCUUGACUUUGAAGAUGUGCAGUGCUCUUGAAACUGCUAGUAAGUUGGUUGAAUCAACCAACUCAAAUUCGAGGUUUUUGUUGGAGAAGAUUGUGGAGCUUGAACAGAUUGUGGAGAAGGGAGAUUCUACAAGAGAGGCAGCCAUGGCCAUCCAGACCAGAUAUAGCUCUCAGGACUCCAUGUCUUCUCAGAAUCAAGGUUAGCUUAGGCUUAUACAUUAAAGGUUUUCUCAUUUUGCAUAUCAAAAUCUGAAGCAUGAUGGAAAUAUCCACACCAAAAUACCYGUUUGAGCAAUUUCCACAUCUUACAGUUUUGAUUCAUGCUMUUUUAUUUGUCAUGGGUUGAGGUAAAUUUGAGUUUUAAUUAUUUAGUUCAAGUAAGUAGAAUAAGAAUGGAAUCUAUGGUUGAAACAAAUGGGGGUAGAAAGUUCAGUCAAAUGGACAUUUCAAAAUUCAAGGUUCGUUCAGUGUUUUAUUUAUCUCUGUUUUCUUAUUGGCAACAGGAAAUGGAGAUUUGUUUGCUAAUCGUUUCUAUGUAGAAGUUCUAAAUAAAAUAAAAUGGAAGUUCAUCUGAAAA